CGCGUCUCCCGCUGACCAAGAAAAAAAAGCUGCGGGCGCUUAAACACAGCACACGACAUCACCACCACCACAAUCACACCUCAACCACACUAACCUUGCUUUGCCCCUAUUUUAUUUCUUUGUUACUCAACAAGCAACAACAACAACAAUACACACACAUGGCCACAAUGGCGGCUGUGGAUUGCCCAAUAUGCAAUAAACCCGUCAAGUCGUCCGAGAUCAACAGCCACAUCGACUCGGGAUGCACCAGCUUCAUAGUCGACAAGGAGUCGCCACCAUCCGCACCCCCGCAAUCAAACAGCAAUACCUCCUCACAACCCAAACGCAGUGCUUCUAGCUUCUUCUCGACACCCGCGCCUAAACGACAAAACAGUUCUACAGAUGCAACCGCAUCCCUCGUCACGCCCAUUGUCAACAUCUCGCUCGGGGCCACUACCAACGGCACAAAGAAGCGAACCUUUGACGAAGGACCCGGCUCAGCUCUAACAGUAGCUUCAGCAUCAACAGAAACAAAUGGCGGCGAACACACAAACGGGCACUUUACAACAGCUACAGAACAAUCAGAUGCAGCAGAAGGCGGGCGCAUCAUCAAAAAGACACGAACCAACAAGACGGCCCCCCUUGCCGAACGAGUCCGCCCCAAUACUCUUGACGACAUCUGCGGCCAAGAUCUCGUCGGUCCCAAUGGCGUGCUCCGCUCGCUCAUCGAAUCAGACCGCGUGCCGUCCAUGAUCCUCUGGGGCCCAGCUGGCACCGGCAAGACGACAAUCGCACGCUGUGUGGCGGAAAAGACGGGCGCCCGCUUCGUCGAGAUCAAUGCCACCUCGUCCAGCGUAAACGAAUGCAAAAAGCUCUUCCAAGAAGCCGCCAACGACCUGGCCCUCACCGGCCGCCGCACAAUCAUCUUCUGCGACGAGAUCCACCGCUUCAACAAGGCCCAGCAAGACGUCUUCCUGCGCCCUGUCGAAGCCGGCACCGUGACGCUCAUUGGCGCUACCACCGAGAACCCAUCCUUCAAAGUCGUCAAUGCUCUGCUUUCUCGCUGCCGCACAUUCACCCUCCAAGCCCUCUCCACCGAAGCCAUCAUCACCAUCCUCCAGCGCGCCCUCGCCUCCUCGACAUCCUCGCCCUCCUCGCUCCUCGACGACACUUUUCUAGCUUACCUCGCCCGCUUUGCUGACGGCGACGCCCGCACCGCUCUCAACCUCCUCGACCUCUCCAUCUCGUUAUCUAUCCGCCCAGGCAUCACACAGGACGAAAUCAAGUCUUCGCUAACGAAAACGCUUGUCUACGACCGCGCUGGCGAUCAGCACUACGAUACCAUAUCCGCCUUUCACAAGUCUGUCCGCGGCAACGACCCCGACGCGGCACUCUACUAUCUUGCUCGCAUGCUUCAGUCUGGCGAAGACCCGCUCUUCAUUGCGCGGCGCAUGGUUGUCAUUGCAUCAGAAGAUGUCGGCCUUGCUGAUAAUACGCUGCUCCCGCUGGCCACGUCGACCUACACAGCCACGCAGCAGAUUGGCAUGCCCGAGGCACGUAUCCCCCUCGCGCAUUGCGCUGUUGCGUUGUGUCUUGCGGCCAAAUCGACAAGGGCGUACAGAGGCCUUAACAAUGCCUUCAACGCCCUCCGCGAACCCGGUGUCGCGGCACUCCCUGUUCCUAUUCAUCUGCGCAAUGCCCCGACACGAUUGAUGCGCGAACUCGGGUGCGGCGUGGACUACAAGUAUCCGCCCAACUAUGUUGAUGGCCGUGUCAAUCAGACAUAUCUACCUGACGAUCUUGUUGGACGAAGGUUCCUGGAAGACAGGGACCUAGGCACAGAAGUCGACCCGGACUUGAUGGCCCAUGAACCAGCUGAGUUACCCAAAAGGGAACAGGAGGAGGAAUUGUAAUAAAAUCAAGAAGAGAUAUUGGAUAGAUAGUAUAUCCUGCCUUCCUCAGAAAAUUGCUGUAUAUAAUGCAUGGUUGGAUGAAAGCAAAAAGUCAUGAAUUAGAAUAA